CUAAGGACACCCAGCUAUAAUGAACCUUGGGAACGCCACGCCGCCCGCGCUUUCAGUUUCGUCAGCAUCACUGUCAUCACCUCAAUUCCAGACAAUGAAAACAUACCGAAACAAUACUUCGACCUAGCCACACGCAGAAGAGCAGAAUUCCAAGCGAAAACAGAAGGGGUUGUAGAUUACAUCGGGCUACUGGUACGGCGAAUUGAGGACAAAAGAACUAACGACAAUAGACCCUAUCUUGUUUUAUCAUUCAAAGACUGCAGCAAUCAAGACAUUACAGUUGCACUAUGGGAAGAAAUAGCCACAGUCAAAAGUCAGUUCAACAGGGCUGAAAUAGACGCUGCAUCAGCACCUGUAAUACUAGCAAUGACAGCAUUAAAAGCAAAGAUAUAUUAUGGCCGUGGAAUCACAGGAACACUACAGCUAUCUUCAACAAGUGCUACACAUGUCUACCUAAAUCCACAAACAAUAGAGACUGAAACUUUAAAAGAAAUGUACGAAAAAUUGGAUAUGCACAACUGCGAAAUCACUACGACAACAGACCUAGAGGUUCCAAUUUCACACCUACUCCAAGGCAAUUCUGGGAUAAUUGGCAAAUGUUUCACAAUAAAGGGGAAAAUAACAGAAAUCAUGUCAGACAAGAAUUGGCACUACAAUGCAUGUCCUAAAUGUCGUCAAACAAUGAUACAAACAGGUUCUGAAUGGUUCUGUGUAGAUGAUGGGACUUAUGACAAGGCAGUUUACAUGUACCGAAUACCGGUCAAAAUCUCAGACAACACAGGAACAAUCAAUGGCACCGUCUUUAAUCAAGUAGCCAAUCAACUUCUUCAACAAACAUGUGCAGAGAUACUAACCAAAGAGAACCAAACCCAGCUGCUCCAAUCGAUGAAAAAUAGGGAAGCACAGUUCCAGGUUCAGGCAGAACAAGAUCUCAAAAACCGUUCAAUACGCUGCACUGUCAACAGCGCAAACUACGUUCAAACACAAACAACAAACUACACCUCUACCAGCACACCACCUAUAACAACCCCAAAACCAGUAACACCGUUGUUAGGGCUGGAUUUUUAUGACCUAUGAUCCUUACUUGGUAUCCUAACAAGUGAUCCUUGUUUCUUUGGCAGAUAGUGAUCCCCAGAAGAGCUCCAGGAUCAGGAUCA